CACGGCACGUCGCGCAUGCGCAUUGCGCUUACACUAAGCUAGGCUGGGGUGGGGGAGGGAGAAGGGGUGUUUGGAGGGAUUCUGUUUGUCUCCGGUGCGCUGGAGAGAUUCAUCUUCAGCCGGACUGCAACCCCGACUACAAGAAAAGCACUGGGAGGCCUCCGAGCACAUGAUCCUCGGCUAAUCCCUCCGUCCGUCUCCGCCCCGAACGAGAAAGAAGAAGAAAAAAAACCCAAAACCGGACCAACUGCGUGGCACCGUUACUUGGGGAAUUUUACAGCAGUAGCUCCUUUUAUUUCUUUGAUUUCAUCGUUUCACUCUUCGGAUUACGUCGCUCUGCAAUGAGGCUGCGCGGGAGCACGCGGUGCCAAGGAGCGGACGCACGCGGCCGCGUGGUGGAGCGCCGGCCGCGCGCUCCCCCGUUCAAGAACCCGUUCGUGCACGAGCUGCGCCUCGGCGCCCUGGAGAAAGCCAAGCUCGCUCUCAUGACAGUGACGUUGUUCCCGGUCCGCCUCUUCUUCGCCGCGUUCAUGAUGCUGCUGGCCUGGCCCUUCGCCUUCGUAGCCUCUCUGGGCCGUUCCGAGGAGACGGUGGAACCUCAGUGCUGGUGGAGGAGAUGUGUAGAUGUCAUCCUCAGAGUGAUCAUGCGGGCUAUGUGGUUUGCUGGGGGCUUCCACUGGAUGACGGUGAAGGGGCAGCAGGCUCUGCCCGCCGAAGCACCCAUCCUCACCCUCGGGCCACAUUCCUCCUACUUUGAUGCCAUUCCCGUCACCAUGACCAUGGCCUCCAUCGUGAUGAAGGCCGAAAGCAAGGACAUUCCAGUUUGGGGCACCCUUAUCAAGUACAUCCGCCCUGUGUUCGUGUCACGGUCGGACCAGGACUCACGCAGGAAGACCGUGGAGGAAAUCAAGCGCAGGGCUCAGUCUGGAGGGGAUUGGCCACAGAUAAUGAUUUUCCCAGAAGGAACAUGUACAAAUAGAUCCUGCUUGAUCACGUUCAAGCCAGGGGCCUUCAUUCCAGCUGUGCCAGUGCAGCCUGUGGUCCUCCGGUAUCCUAACAAAAUGGACACCAUCACGUGGACGUGGCAGGGGCCUGGAGCGUUUAAGAUACUGUGGCUUACGCUGUGCCAGCUGCACAACAGAGUCGAAAUUGAGUUCCUCCCAGUCUACAGGCCGUCUGAGGAGGAGAAGAAGAACCCAGCUCUCUUCGCCAGCAACGUACGGCAGCUGAUGGCCAAAGCUCUGGAUGUCCCGGUCACUGACUACUCGUUUGAGGACUGCCAGCUCGCCAUGGCCGAGGGCCAGCUGCACCUCCCAGCAGACACGGGCCUUCUGGAGUUCGCCAGGCUUGUGAGGGGGAUGGGCCUGAAGCCAGGGAACACUGAAGAGGUCCUGCAGGAGUACGGGGAAAAAGCCAGGAAGUUACAAAACGAAAAGCUGGGUUUACAGGAUUUUGCCCAAUAUUUAGGCAUCCAAGUCUCAGACACUCUCAGAGACAUGUUUGCACUUUUUGAUGAGAAUGAGGAGGGUGAAGUGGAUGCAAGGGAGUAUGUGAUUGCCUUAUCUGUUGUAUGCAGACCAUCAAAAACACUGGACACUAUAAAGCUGGCCUUUAAGAUGUAUGAGGCAGAGGAGGACUGUGCCAUCGUAGAAGAUGAUCUGAUGUGUAUUUUGAAGACUGCCUUAGGGGUGUCAGACCUGAAUGUAUCGCAUCUGUUUCGUGCAAUCGAUGUUGACGACAAAGGAAAAAUCACCUUUGAUGAGUUCAAGAGCUUUGCUGAGGAGCAUCCUGACUUCGCCAAGGAGUACCUGUACCCAGAGCAGACGGGCUUCCAGACUGGUAUGGAGACCCUGUCUGAUGUGGCCAAUGGCUUCUGUCCAGACAUCACCCCGGAGGAGCACGAUGACCACAGGGACCUUUGGCAGAAGAAGCUCAGCUGAGCGAGUGCUCCUGCAGAAUCUCCAUCUUCCCUCCUGGUGAGAAAGAUGGCUAUCGGCUACAGUCAACCUGAGGUCAACAUUUUGCCCCUCAUCUAUUUUUUUUCCCUUAUAUUUAUGCUGUUUCCUUUUAAAUCAUAUUACCUUGAAAAAAGUUGCAAGGUAAAUUAGGUUCAUAUUUGAUUGAAUACUUGAAAUGAUGGUUUGCUCCUUUUUUAAGUGCUGUUGCACACUGACUGCAUGUUUUAAAACAAAAAAAAAAAUCGAUAAAACGGCCUCAGCUGUGCUGUGUACAAUUUAUUAUUGUUAAUUUUGUCUUUUUUGUGAUGAUAGCCUUUAAAAAUGAACUAAAAUGAGUGUUUGAAUCCAGUGGUUCAAAAAUGAUUUCAAGCAGUAUUAAGAGGACAUUGGUGUGUUUGACUGAAUGGUCUUCAAGUACUAUGUUCAUGCUGAGUCCUCCAAAAGCUCAGCUUUGGGUGAUUUAGAUGCUGAUUUAAAUUGAAUGAGCUUUUUUUUUUUUUUUUUUUUUUUUUUUUUUUUUUUUUUUU